AUGUCACAACCAGAAAAAAGACCACUUGAAACAGAUUACCAUGAUCAAGCACAUUCACUUCCUGCCAUAUCUCAGAGUAUGAUCAGCUCUCAGAUAGAACUUUCAGAGUCUCAAGAACAAUUACUAAAGAAAGUGAAGAGGCCCACAGGUACAGAAGAGCCAACUGAAUUUGAGAGAGAGCUUUUAGAUAUGACACAGAACGUUGGUAAACUAGGGAAUGAAGAAGAUCAGAAGUGGGAUAGACCGCCACUUCCCGAAACAUUUGAUUCUACUACUAUGGACGUUACAUUUCAACAAUUAGACGCUGAGGAAACCACAGUAGGAGAUAAUUCUUCAGCAAGAUUUUUUGGAGUUACCAAAGAGGGCCAUUCAGUGUUGUGUAAUGUUACAGGGUUUUUGCAUUAUUUCUAUGUCCCAGUUCCUAAGGGAUUUUUUAAAGAUCAGCAUUUGUCAGCGUUUAUUAAUUAUAUGAAUAACAAUUACCAAGGCAUAGAUAAUAUUGAAAUAAAAUUGAAAGAAUCUAUAUGGGGCUAUAAUAAGAAUCUUAAAACGCCAUUCUUCAAAGUAAUUGUCAACAAUUCAAAGAAUAUUAGUAAAAUCAGAACUGCUUUUGAGAGAGGCGAAAUUAGGUAUGAGAAUUUAUUCCCACCACAGAAUGUUUCGUAUGACAAUAUUAAUUACUUAUUAAGACUAAUGGUAGAUUGUAAAAUCACAGGUAUGUCGUGGAUUACUUUACCGAAGGGGAAAUACGAGUUGGUAGAUUCUUUUCUUCAAAUAUCGACAUGUCAAAUUGAAUGUUCUAUAGAUUAUAGGGAUUUAAUUUCACAUCCAUCUGAAGGUGACUGGUUAAAUAUGGCCCCACUUCGUAUAUUGUCUUUUGAUAUUGAAUGUGCUGGUAGAAAAGGUGUAUUUCCAGAAGCAGAGCACGACCCUGUAAUUCAGAUAGCUAAUGUUGUACUGAAGGCUGGUGAACUGAGACCAUUCGUAAGAAAUGUGUUUACCGUGGACACCUGCUCUUCAAUUAUUGGCUCUCAAAUAUUUGAGCAUAAGACAGAAGAAGAGAUGUUGAUGCAUUGGAGGGAAUUUAUUGUCAAAGUGGAUGCUGAUGUCAUAAUUGGUUAUAAUACUGCAAAUUUCGAUAUACCAUAUUUAUUGGAUAGAGCGCGAGCCUUAGGAUUGAAAAACUUUCCAUAUUUCAGUAGACUUAGCAGUGUUAAGCAAGAAGUUAAGGAUGCUGUAUUCAGUUCCCGUGCUUAUGGUACAAGGGAAAAUAAAGUUGUGAAUAUAGACGGAAGAAUGCAACUCGAUUUAUUGCAAUUUAUUCAAAGAGAAUAUAAAUUAAGAUCCUAUACAUUGAAUUCUGUUUCCGCUCACUUUUUAGGAGAGCAAAAGGAGGAUGUCCAUCAUUCAAUUAUAUCAGAUUUACAAAAUGGUACUAAGGAAACAAGAAGGCGUUUAGCAGUCUAUUGUUUGAAAGAUUCUUAUUUGCCAUUGAGGUUGCUAGAUAAAUUGAUGUGUCUUGUUAAUUAUACCGAAAUGGCGAGAGUUACUGGUGUUCCAUUUUCUUAUUUGUUAGCAAGAGGUCAGCAAAUCAAAGUUAUAUCUCAAUUGUUCAGAAAGUGUUUAGAAGAUGAUAUUGUGAUUCCUAAUAUGAAAAGCGAGGGAUCUAAUGAGGAAUAUGAAGGUGCAACUGUUAUUGAACCUAUUAGGGGCUACUAUGAUGUUCCUAUCGCAACAUUGGAUUUCAGUUCCUUGUAUCCGUCUAUUAUGAUGGCACAUAAUUUGUGUUAUACAACAUUAUUGAACAAGCAGACUAUUAAAAAUUUCAAUUUGACUGAAGAUGAUUAUACAUUGACUCCAAAUGGUGACUAUUUCGUUAAAGAUAAUAAAAGAAAAGGUAUUUUACCUACGAUUUUGGAUGAGUUAUUGACAGCAAGAAAGAAAGCAAAGGCAGACUUGAAGAAAGAGACUGAUCCAUUUAAGAGAGACGUCUUAAAUGGUAGACAAUUAGCUUUAAAAAUUUCGGCUAAUUCAGUUUAUGGGUUCACUGGUGCAACAAUUGGUAAGUUGCCGUGUCUUGCAAUUUCUUCAUCUGUUACUGCAUUUGGUAGAGAGAUGAUUGAAAAGACUAAAAAUGAAGUUCAAGAAUUCUAUUCCAUCAAAAACGGUCAUCCAUUUGAUGCGCAAGUUAUUUAUGGUGAUACCGAUUCUGUUAUGGUCAAGUUUGGAUAUGAAGAUUUAGAAAAAUGCAUGCAAUUAGGAGAGGAGGCUGCUAAUUUUGUUUCCACAAAAUUUAAAAAUCCCAUUAAAUUAGAAUUCGAGAAAGUCUAUUUCCCGUAUUUAUUGAUCAACAAGAAGAGAUAUGCGGGAUUAUAUUGGACAAAUACCGAAAAAUAUGAUAAGAUGGAUACCAAAGGGAUAGAAACGGUCAGGAGAGAUAACUGUCGUUUAGUUCAAAAUGUUAUCACUAAGGUGCUAGAAUUUAUAUUGCAAGAAAGAAAUGUUGACAAAGCUGUAAGAUUCGUUAAACAAACAAUUGCAGAUUUGUUACAAAAUAGAGUCGAUUUGUCGCAAUUGGUUAUUACUAAGGCAUAUUCAAAGCACGAUUAUUCAGCUAAGCAAGCACACGUUGAAUUGGCAGAAAGAAUGAAGAAGAGAGAUCCAGGUUCCGCUCCAACGUUAGGUGAUAGAGUUGCAUAUGUUAUUAUCAAUUCGUCUAGCACCAAAAACUAUGAAAAAUCUGAAGACCCAUUGUAUGUUUUGGAGAACUCCUUGCCAAUUGAUGUCAAAUAUUACUUAGAGAAUCAAUUGUCUAACCCCUUAAUGAGAAUUUUUGAACCAAUUUUGGGUGAAAGGAAAGCGAAAGAAGUUUUAUCGGGAGCUCAUACAAGAACAAUAAAGAUGUCUGCACCAAAGACAGGUGGGUUAAUGAGAUUUGCCAAAAAGGCAGAACUCUGUAAGAAUUGCAAAUCACCAUUAAAGUCAUCAAAUCAUGGUGCAUUAUGUGAAAAUUGUGUUUCCAAGGCGCCUGAAUUAUACGGUAAUGCCCUAGCACAAAUGAACUAUUUGGAAAAUAAAUUUUCAAGAUUAUGGACUGAAUGCCAAAGAUGUCAAGGAUCUUUGCACCAGGAAGUUUUAUGUUCUAACAAGGACUGUCCUAUCUUCUAUAUGAGAAAAAAAGCACAGAAAGAUGUUUUUCAACAAUCUCAAGAGCUUUUAAAAUGGGAUGAAACCGUUUGGUAG